AUGACAUCCAUACCGCAAUACAUCGACAUUGGCGUCAACCUCACCGACCCGGUCUUUCGCGGUUCCUAUCACGGCAAGCAAGCGCACCAGGACGACUUCGAUGUGGUACGAUCUCGCGCUGUAAAAGCAGGCGUCGUGGCUCAGAUCCUCACCGGUGGUAAUCUGGCAGAAUCCCACGAAGCGUUGGCGCUCGCACGAGCGUACGAUGGAUUCUAUUCUACCGCCGGUUGUCACCCGACCCGGACUUCCGAGAUGGAGGCGCACGAGGAGGGUGCAGAUGUGUAUCUGCAAAAGAUCAAGGAGCUAAUUGUUUCGUCGUCGCAAAAGGAGGGCGCCAAAGUGGUAGCGGUAGGCGAGUGCGGGCUGGACUAUGACAGGCUGCACUUUUCGCCCGCCGAUGUGCAGAAGAGGCACUUUGCCACUCAGCUCAAGCUGGCAGCAGAGGUCCAGUUGCCGUUGUUCUUGCAUUCCAGAGCAGCACAUCGUGAUUUUGUCGACAUUAUCCAGCCACACAUCGACGACAUUCACGCUGCACUCUCGGCCAACCACAGAGAGCAGCACAAGGACGACGUCAAAUCAAAACGAGUAGGCGUGGUUCACAGCUUCACAGGAACCGUCGAGGAAGUCAAGGAGCUGCUCGAUUUAGGCCUGUUCAUCGGCAUCAAUGGCUGCUCGCUCAAAACGGAGGAGAAUCUCAGAGUGCUCCAACACAUUCCGCUCUCCAGACUCAUGCUCGAGACCGAUGCACCUUGGUGCGAUCCUCGCUCAACCCACGCCUCACACUCGCAUAUCCAGACCUUCAAGCAAUCCAACCCCGCCUUGCACAUCCUCUACCAGCCGGCGUCGGUGAAAAAGGAAAAGUGGAACCUCAAUUCUAUGGUCAAGGGGCGCAACGAGCCGUGCAUCAUCGGUCUCGUCGCUGCCACCGUCGCCAGUGUCAAGGACGUUUCGAUCGAAACAGUCGCACAAGCAGCCAUGUACAACACCCGCUGGCUGUUCCAGCUCACCUAG